AUGGCCAUGGACAGCCUCUUAGCCUCGCUCUGGCCGGGCCCGGCGCCCGCGCCGGCGCCCGCCGAGGAGGAAAAAGUCUUCUCCUACUGGGGAGACACGCCCACGGAAAAUUCUGCCGCGCCCGCCGCGCCCGCGGUGGACAUCGACGUUUACGACGAAGCUAGAUUAGCACCAAGACCCGUGCAGCGCGCGGGGUCCUACGACACGGAUGAUUUGACGGACGCCGAGCUCGCGCAGCUCGGCCGCGCCAUCGCGACGGCGGCGUCGAGGGGCGAGGACGUCCAGACCGCGCGGCGAAACUGGUUCGAGGCGCGCGCCGCGCGACCGAAGGCGCCGGACUCGUCCAAGAUGGCCGCGGCCCGCAGCGCGCUCGAGGCCGACCGCGCGCGGCUGCGGAGCGUGAACGCGCCGAAGACGGUCGUCCCGGGCGAGGUCGACGCCCUCCACAAGCGCUCCGCGGCGGCGCAGCGGCGCCUCACGCAGCUCCGGAGCCGCGCGCCGCGGCCGCGGAGCCCGUCGCCCGAGCGCGUCGCGCCGCCCGUGGCAUCGGUCAACGCCAUGGCCAAGGUCGACAGCUACUGGGACGAGCCGGAGCGGCCGCCGCGGCGCCGCCGCGAGGAGAAGCCGCGGCGGCGAGGCGAGGAGCCCGCCUAUCGACCGCAGACCGACGACUUUCCCGUCGAGCGCGCGUCGCACGUCCGGGACCGCCGCGCGGAGCAGCAGCGGUUGCAAUCGGUCGACGCGGCCGAGGACGCGCGCGAGCAAAGGUCAAAAGCGCGGCGCAAGGGCGGCCCUCUGAACCUCUUCCGGCGGCCGGCUGCGAAGCCUCCCGCCGAGGAGAAGCGGCCGCAGUCGUCGGACGAGGACUACGAGGACGACUCCGACGCGACGCCGCCGCCGCCCGCGAAAAAAUCAGGGCUCUUCGGCCGGAGCAAGGCGCCGCCGCUGCGCCGCGACGACAUGGAGCCGUCGUACCGCCCGCGCGACGACGACAUGCCCGCCGAGCGCGCGUCGCACGUGCGCGACUACCGAGCGACGCGGCCGCCGGCGCCGCCCGAGCCUCAGUGGGGUUCGGACUCGGACGACGAGCCCGUGGGCCGCGUACAACCGGGGCGCCAGGCGGUGCCCCUCGGCCGCCAAUCUGCUCCGCUCGGCCGCCAGUCGGCGCCGCUCGGCCGCCACGCGGCGGAGGAUGAUAGGACGCGGCGCUAUGCCCAGCGGGACUACUCGCAAGUGACGAUCGGGAGCGCGUCCUCGGCGCCUCGUCGCGGCGGCGGCGCGGCGCCUUCUUCACCAAUCGAACCCGACUCGGACGGCGAGUACGACAUGGACCCGGCCCGGGCGCGGCGCGGCAGCAGCGGCAAGGCGCCGAAGAAGCAUCGCUGGCCCUGGCAGUCCAAGCCGGCGCCGCGUCCGUCCGAGCAGACGCGGAGCGCCGAGCGCCGGCGGAGCUCGAACCGCGCGCGAACGCCCGCCGCCGUCGACUCGGACGACUCCGUGGAACAGCUCGGCACGAACCCGCAGCUGUUUAGGAAUGUGGAUGCCGCCGCCGAGGCGGAGUACCGGCGGCGGAAGGCCCGCAGCGGCGGCGCGGAGAAGAUGCUCCGGUUCUUCCGGCCCUGGGGGAACAAGGACGCGGCGCCGGCGCCGACGCGUCCGGGACGCGCGGCCUUCCGCCAGAGCCCUCGCGCCCAGGGCUUCGGUCGUGGGCGGGACGACGAGGGGGACUACUGA